AUGAAAUUUACGUACGUGCAUGCCGGUUGGGAGGGAUCUGCACAUGAUGGUCGAUUGUUACGGAGUGCAAUAUUACUCCAAGGACAUAAGCUAACAAUUCCUGUUGGUUUUCUUGCACCAUACCGUAGGACUCGUUAUCAUCGUAGAGACAUUGAAGGUCAACGUCCUGAAAGUGGUAAGGAGUUGUUCAAUUUUCAACAUUCAUCUCUACGUAAUGUUAUUGAGCGUACAAUUGUGUUGCUAAAAAAAAGAUUUGCAUAUUUGAGACAUCAACCCUAUCACGACAUUGACACACAAGCAAAGAUAGUCCUUGCAUGUUCUGCCAUCCACAACUUCUUAAGGAUUGAUGACGUUGAAGAUGUUUGUGAGGAGGACGACUUAGAUAGUAGUGAUGAUGAGGUUAACUCUACGCAUGUUGAUGUACCUGAAGAUGAAACUCCAAAUGCUCACAUAUCUUUCACAAAUUAG